GUAUAGAUUAUAUAGGCUUGUGAGUAGUAGGAAAGCUUUCAUCACUAUCCUCCAACAAACCCAUUACUGUCAAAGCGCAAAGUCAAUAAACGAUCUUCUUUUCCUAUCAAUAAUCUGUUAGGUGUGAAAGUGCCAAACACUAGCCUGGGUAACGCAAAAUUAUGAUGGCGGCAAUAGAAUACAUAAAUCUUAGGAGAACAUCCUGUAAUACGCGUCCCUUAAAGAAAUGGGAAAACAAGCUAUAUGCUAAAUGAGCAUGAUCCGAUCUUGUAGUAUUUAAGAGUCAUUGUAUCUUUUCACCCACCGUUGAUUCCAUUACGACAAAAUAACGAAACUCAUUCUUGUCACACUAGCUUUGCUCUCUUGCGCUCAAGUUGGCUUGUCCAGUUUGGUUCAAGGAUUCGAUAUUAGCAAUUACAAUCCCCAUGUAAACUGGGCAUCGGUCAAGGCUACCGGACUUACAUUUGUCUAUAUCAAAGCAACCGAGGGAUUGAAAAUGGUCAGCAGUACAUUUAACACUCAGUACCUCGGUGCAACCCACACACGCUUUAUUCGUGGAGCAUACCAUGUUGCCCUGCCUGACAAGUCUUCUGGUGCUGCUCAGGCAACCCAUUUCCUUUCUUAUGGAGGUGUCUGGACUGCUGAUGGAAUAACUCUUCCUGGUGCGUUAGAAUUAGAGCGAAACCCUUAUGGGAAUCCUUGUUAUGGCUUGUCCCCGGCCUCUAUGAUAAUCUGGAUUAGAGACUUCAGCAAUACUUACCACGCUCGCACUGGCCGUUAUCCUGUUAUCAGCACAUCCACGAAUUGGUGGAAGGCAUGCACUAAUGACAAUCCGAGCUUUGGUAAUACCAAUCCGCUUUGGAUCAUUAGCUAUUCUCCGUCGCCCAGACCCUUACCCAACGGUUGGACUAACAAUGUCUUCUGGCAAUAUGCUGACAAGGGACCCGUGCCUGGAUACCCAGAUGCAUGGAUGAGCUCAAUAGAUAAUCUGCAAAGGUUUGCCAGGGGUUAGCUGGAAGAUGCCGAGGUCAUUCACAUGAGAGCGCUUU